CUUGGCAUAAUCCAACUAACUUCAGUAUUUCUGUCUAAAAUUAUUAGAUCUCUAGCUCCAUGGCCACCCACACUUUUUUCUCUCUUACCAUCUUCAUCCUAAUAUUCUUGAUUUCUGCCAACGGUAGGUCGUUGCAGAAGAGUGAAAUCGUCAAUCUCUCGCAUUUUACAUCAACCGCCAAUGCCAAAAUCAAAGCAGUUUCCCGCGCAACUAGUAGCUCUUACACCACUAAUUACAACGAUGUAUUGGGGUUGGGUGUAUUAGUCUCACAAUUUCCAUCACUGCUAGAAACCACUCUGGAUCCUUGCGUUUCUCCCAUUUGGGAUUGGAUUGAAUGCAAUUCUGAUCCCACACCACGUGUAAUUGCUCUGAAUCUCAAUAACAGAAUGCUAUAUGGCCAGCUAUAUGACUUCAGUUCUAUGGAUGCUCUUCAGAGAAUUGACAUGUCUCAAAACUUUAUUUUUGGAAACAUCCCCUCCUUCCUUGGCACACUUCCAGAUCUUCAAGAACUGAACUUGGCAAGCAAUUAUUUCGAAGGAGCAGUACCGGACUCAGUAGCAUGCAACAAGAACUUGAACUUAACUCUUGUUGGUAAUAACUUCUUGACAUCUACUGCGUGUUCGAAGUCCAACAAAUCUCCAUCUUCAUCAGCAAACAGCGGAGGCGGGUUCCAAGUUCCGUCAGGCUCAAGAAAAACAAAAAAGAAGAGUAAUCUGGGUGCAAUAUUGGGCGGCACGAUUGCAGCAUUCGUAGUUUUAUGGGCUGCUGUUGGAGGUUAUGCUAUGUAUCGUCACAAAGCCAAUGCAGCAGCUGCUGUUGCGGAUGCCAACAAAGAUGUGCCCAUGGAAGAGUUGCCCAAGAAUGCUCAUCCAAGUGAAAUCAACCCAACAUAUUCAUAAACCCCUUCUUUUUAUUUCAUUUCCUUUUUUCAGUUAAGAAAUCAACAACUUUUCCUUUUGAUCUAAUUUUGUGUUUAACCGGUAUUCUUUCUAUUUAAAUUUCUAUUUCUUGUA